AUGACGUCGCCUGAGUCCUCCUCGCCCACGUCCUCCAAGCGUACCAUCUUCGUGUCCUCGCGUAAGAGCCAAUUGGCCAUGGCGCAGACGAAUACUGUCAUUGCUAUGCUGGAGGAGCGCUUCCCGGACCUUCAAUUCGUGGUAGGGCAGGAGGACACUGUGGGCGACCAAGUGCUGGACCGCCACCUGAGCGACCUUGGCACCACCACAGCGUCGGGUCUCUUCACUAAGAGCUUGGAGGAGGCACUGCUCGCCAAAGCUGCCAGCUUCGCUGUCCACUCGCUCAAGGACAUGCCCACGACGCUACCGGAUGGACUCGUGCUGGCGGCUAUCACCAAGCGCGAGAGCCCUGAGGACGCUGCAGUGAUCCACCCUAAGCACAAGGAAAAGGGAAUCAAGACGCUUCAGGAGCUGCCCGAGGGAAGCGUCAUUGGAACCAGCUCGUUGCGGCGCGAAGCUCUGCUGCGAAGUCAGUUCCCGACUUUCGAAAUCAAGACCGUGCGCGGGAAUAUUCAGACCAGGUUGGCCAAGUUGGAUGAGCACGACGACUACGACGCUAUUAUCGUCGCGGCGUGCGGAUUCCGACGUGGAGAACUAGGAGACAGAAUUGACGAGAUCCUGCCCAUGGACACGUUCGGGUAUGGUGUGGGUCAAGGAAGCAUCGGCGUCGAGUGCCGUGCCGACGACGAAGAGACGAUUGAGAUGCUCAAGACUAUUACCGAUGAGAAGUCAGCGCAGUUGUGUAAGGCGGAGCGCAGUUUGCUGUAUCAUCUCGAAGGUGGAUGCCAGAUCGCUAUGGGCGUUAGUGCUACAUUGGAUGAAGACACACUGACCCUGAACGCGACGGUGUUGUCUCGGGACGGCAAGGAGAGCGUUCACGAAACGAUCUCAGGCCCGCGUACUCAAUGCGAAGAGCUGGGAAAGCAGCUGGCAGAGCGCUUCUGGAACAACGAACUGGCCCGGAAGGUGCUGGGCAAGACCCGUCAGAAGCGUGCACUGACGUACGGAGACGCCGAAGCUCCCGGUGACGCAGCUGCUGCUGCGGCAUCUGGAUCGCCCACCAAGAAGGCUAAAACCUCCGAGUAG